GAUGACGUUUUCCAAAUUGAGUAAGCUGCAGGCCGCUUGUAGCUGCUGUGGCAUCAGUAAGAAACAUUGAAAAAUUGUAAGCAACCGAGUCGAUUCCGUGGUCAAAUACCGCGACAAUCCGGAUUAGUUAAGCCAAUCGAUGUUUACUAACUAUGGCAAAUUUUUGAUUGAAAGUUUGUCAUAUACUUGUAAAUUAAAGAAGAAGCGAGGACGGAACUUAUCACACAAUCAUGUUAUCUAGUAAUCUACCAUCGGUGGCAAUCUUGUGGACAGCGCAUCUACUGUUCAGUAUAGCGGAACAAUUUCUUGCCUUCGUUCGUUGGAUUCGAAAGAAGUUCAAGAGUGUAUCAAAUCGAAAAUUGAUAACGAGUUCAAAUGAUUGGAAAAAAGCAGAUCUAGAAAUACAGUUUGCUGUGCGUAAGCUUGACAAAAUUCCGUCGCAUCUAGCGGUAGUAUUAGGCCCCGAAAUACCGAACUAUGAGCUGCUGGCACAGUUCAUCCACUGGGGCCUUGCGGCAGGUAUAGGUUACGUUAGUUUUUAUGAUCACAAAGGAAUUCUCAAAGCGAACUACCAUCGUAUGCUAGACUAUGUUCGUCAACGACCACGCGAUGACAGUGAACAGAUCGUAUGGACGCCGAACCUUAAGCCCACCGAACGAGCGCUUCCGCCACGGAAUGGCUAUCGGCAUCGGGUAGUGGUUAGUUUCUUCGAUCCCGAAGAUGGUCAAAAGCAGCUUCUUGCUGCUACCCGAACCGUUACCGAUAGGCUUCGGGCAGGAUCAAUUUCUACCGCUGCUGAUGUAACGGUGGAGCUAGUCGACCAAAUAAUACAGGAUUCCAACUACCACAUUCCGGACCCGGAAUUGGCGGUUUAUUUCGGUGCAAUCUGCUGUACCUACGGUAUGCUACCGUGGCAAAUCCGAUUGACGGAAUUCAUCCCACUGGAGGCACCCAGUCUGGCAGAGGUUACCGAAGCUCACUUCCUUAACUGUUUGUUUCGGUACGCCAAAUGUGAGCAGCGGUUUGGGAAGUGAUCGCAACGGCAGCUUAGGAAAACAUUCGGGUCGUCUUUUACCAGUACCAUGUGUGUGUAGAUAUAUUUAAUUCGUAUAUGCUCAUCAAAAGACAUAAUUUGUUGCAUAGUAAAGCUAUCGAUAAGGGAGUCGAAUGAAAGGAUAAAUAAGGGACAAGUCAUUGAAUGUUCUUUAGAUUUGGCACUCCUCACGAGAGAAUCGUCCCAUGUUUCAUGAAAGUACAUAAUUAUCAUGUUUAGAUAAUGAUUUAGUGAAGAAAAAACGGUGCGUUCUGGGUAUCCUCGUUCGACCGGAGCAAAUAAGGUAUGUAAAACUAUUGGCUGAAAUAUAGUUGCAUUACCUUUUUCGUGUA